AUGAGCAAGCGUGAGAGGGAGGGCAGUGGGAGCAGCACCAGCUCCUCUGAUUCGCUUUUCUAUUCUUCCCGCGGUUAUAGGAGGGACACAAGCGGAAAGAAGACACAUAUAAGCCUAAACAAGAAGGGUAGUGACAGUAACAGUAACGGCGGCGACGACGCCAAACCUAAGGCGGCCGCCGCUACAUGGGAAGAGCUUCUCGCGGAGCGCAAAGCUCUGUUGGAGACUCGGGAUAAGGAGGUAUCGUUGUUGGAGCAACGGCGUUCCGGCAUAGAUAGCAGCAGCGACUACGAUGAUGACGGCGAUGACAAAGGUGGGGAUGCCCAUAAUAAACACGGGGGCAACGCACAGGUGUUGCAGGGCCAUCAAAAGGCUUCUACUGGCAUGGCACUACGUGUAGAUGAAAAUGUCGUUUUCAGCGACGAGGACUCCAGUGAUGAUCCGUUUGGAGGAUCCGCGUCCACGCUAAGCGAGGGCGAAACAGACGGCAGUGACAAUGACAAGAAUAUUACGGACUUCCGCGAGCGGCUACUUGCACACGUCCAGGCCACCAGUGCGGCAAAGCGAGUUGAUGGUGCAGCCCCAACCGUCAGUGAUGUAACACCUGCACACGCCUUGCAGCACCUGAAGGAGGAGUUGAUGAAACCUGUGAUGCCAACCACGCUCACAGUUGUGAGUGCAACCGAUGAGUCACACGACCUCAUAUCAGAGCUUGUGUCAGCCAAGCUUCCGCCACCUCCUCCUGAGGAUGUGAGGCGUCUGCGUAAGUUGCAGUACGUAGACCACAACACGGUGCAAUAUCCGCACAUUCGCAAGGAGUUUUACAUUGCCUCUCCAGACGUCAAGAACCUUGGUGCGGAUGAGUUAAAACGGUUAUUAAAGGAGUUGGAUGGGGCAAAAGUGCGUGGACGCAACCCACCGCGUCCGAUGCGUACUUGGAAUGGUUCUGGCCUGCCAGAUUCCGUUCUUGAGGUGCUUGUGCAGGAAGGGUUUGAGCAGCCAUUUGCUGUGCAGUCUCUCGGUUCUGCAGCCUUGAUGGGCGGUCGUGACUUGCUCGUCACCGCUAAAACAGGCUCUGGGAAGACACUCGCCUACCUUCUGCCGCUGAUUCGUCAUUGUGUCGGGCAAGAGCCAUGUGGAAAGGGUGAGGGCCCUAUUGGUCUUAUUCUUGUACCAACACGUGAAUUGGCUGUGCAAAUUGUUCAACUGGCAGGAAAACUUUGUGUGGCUGCCAAGCUGAGACUCGUGUCUGCGUACGGUUUAACGCCUCUUGCAGAGAACAUAAAACAAUGCCGAACAGGAUGUGAAGUCAUGGUGUGCACCCCAGGUCGACUUUUGGAUCUUCUUACUGUUAAUGGAGGAGGCGCAGUUUCGUUGAGACGUGUAUCGUUUGUUGUGAUUGAUGAGGCGGACCGCAUGUUCGACAGUGGCUUCAUGGAACACGUGGAGGCCUUUUUAAGGAAUAUUCGUCCCGACCGACAAAUCGCGCUUAUUAGCGCAACCAUGCCUAAGGAACUAAGGAAAAUUGUCAUACGCCACCUGCAAGAUCCAGUGGAGAUUACAGUGGGGGGCAAACCUUCUCCGGCUUCAAAUGUCGAGCAGCGCUUCUUUUUCUUUGACGAAGAAGUGUAUGAGGUGGAGGAGGCAAAUCGCACAGAGGAUAAGAAAUUUUUGAAGUUGCUGCAAAUUCUCGGCGACGAGGGUGGCAAUGGGCAGCACCUCACUGUUAUCUUUGCUCAACGGAAGGAAGAAUGUGAUGAGCUUUUUGCACGUCUCUCUGCAUGUGGCUAUCAAAGGCGUCUUGCCAUUCUUUAUAGUGGGAUGGAUCCACUGGACCGUGAGUUUGCCUUGGAGCACUUUGCCCCAGACAAUCAGUUUAUUCUUAUUGCAACAGGGGUGGCGGAACGGGGCCUUGACAUUCCCUACUUGGAGCUCGUGAUUAACUACACCCUCCCAGACCACUACGAGGCUUAUGUGCAUCGCAUAGGCCGCACCGGUCGUGCUGGGAAGAAGGGUAAGGCGGUAAGCUUUUUUAUGCGCGGGAAGGAUGAUGACCUAUCCGUGGACCUCUGUGAGGGCCUUGAACGUGCCCAACAGCAGGUGCCGGAGGAGUUAUAUGAAAUUGCGGCAAAGUUACGGGAGAAACGUAAGGAAGGCAUUGUGCAGCACAACACUGGUUUUUACCGGGGUUACAUGAAGGCAAAAAAGCUGCGCUUUACGGAUCGUGGUCAGAAGGAGCAGUUCAAGGCGGCAGCACGGGCGGCAGGGCUUGAAGAGUACUUAUCAGCUAGCUCCUGCACAGAUUCAGAUUUAUCUGACAGCGAUGAAGAUGGAAGAGAUGGCGAUAUCGAAAUUGUUGCAGUACAUGAAGAUGGUACGCGAAAUGGCGGCGGUGGCGGUGAAGUGGGAUCCACGGCCCUCACACUUCACAGGGGCGCUGGCCAGCUGACGCUUUCCUCUCAGCAUCUAAAAGAGCAACAGGAACGUGUUGCCUCCGCACUCGCAUACGCGCGGAAGACAACAGACUCUGUUGUAGAUCCUUCCUCUACCUGUGCCCGUUUCGAGGCCGAGUACCCCAUCAACGACCUUCCCGAGCGUGUUCGGCUCCGGAUGCAGAGCGCGGCCUUAUUGCGUUCUGUGCAGGAGGACACAGGAACGACGAUUGUCCGCAAAGGUGUGUUUUUCGAUCGCAAGUACAAACACUCCCACCGCCUGCGCGAGGGUGUGCGGCCACUAUACCUGCUGCUCAUAGGAAAGACGGUGGAGUCUGUGCGUGAUGCAGUGAAGAAACUGCACGAUAUCCAGGCUGAGGCGCAUAGCCGAAUUCAGCAGAAGGCGUCCUCUCUCGGGGCUCAGUUGUAG